AUUCGUUGAUUGUUCGUGACAGCCCAUCCCAGCCCAGCAGCGGCUGCAGCAACAGCAACAGCAACGACACCACCCAUCGGUAGGCGACGACACGAUACUUCUUGCAGUGCACCCCGCGAUUUGUUCCCCGAAACCACCGAACCCAACCCAACCGAACCCAACCCAACCAUGGCGUCCGACAACUGGUGCGGGGUCUGCCAAGAGGCCUGCACGGACCACCCCACCAUUUGUUCCGUCUGCGGGGCCACGCUGGAGGCACGGCCGCUCCAAGCGGACCGGCAGGGGCAAGCCCCCGCGCAUCCGGCGGAUCCGGACCCGGUCCUCGCGGCGCUCCAGGGAAACGUUCCCGAGCACCUGAUCCUCGAGAUGCAGGCGGCGAGCCGGGACCUGAGGAACAUACUGGGGAACCUCCGGGGCCAGGUCCAGAACCUGGACGUUCUGACCCGGGACAUCCUSGAGGAACGGGACGAGCGGGGGAACCUCCCKCGGGAGUUCUGGGACCCCCAGCACGGGGCCGACCGGGCGGGGGCCUCCUCCCGGCCGACCAGCAAGGAGGCCCUGGCCAGGAUCCCCCGGUUCGUCCUGAACGACCGGAGCACCAUGUUUCGGCAGGCCACCCUCCGGGUCGCCGCCGGCGUUCCCGCCCCGGGCAGCGGCACCUGCUGCCUGCUGUCCACGACGGCCCCGGUCCACCCGGAUGCCAUCCGGCCCUCGGCCUCGUCGGUCACCAGCGCCACCGGAAGGACCAACGCCACCGCCGCGAAAGAAAACCUGCGAAAGUUUGACUGCGUGCUCGGAGAAUUCGGCCCCGCCGGAGAACAUUCCUUCGAAAUGGGGAAAACCCCCCUGGUUGCAGCCUCGCCGGUGACCGGCAAGGGCGGACUGGACGAAGCGACGAAAGCCCGCAUUUCCGGGCUCGGCGGCAGCGGAACCAACAAGGUCGUCGUGUACAUGCAGAGGGGGGACGGGCUCACMUACGUCCAAAAGGCACGCAUGGCGCAAGACGCCGGGGCCUCRGCCGUGAUCAUCGGAAACAACACCCCCACCCCGUGGCCGUACGUCAUGAAGGAUUUGGCCGGGGAGUCGACAAAACCGGGCCGAUCGAUAUGCAUCCCCGUCGCCAUGGUCAAGGAAGAAGACGGCCGGGAAAUCAUUCGCUUGCUCGAGGCGGCGCAAACCAAAACGGCCGGGCUCCAAAAGCCAUCGAUGCCCCAGCCUCCCAUUCCGAAGCAGAUCCUCGUGUCGGCCCAGCACCCGGCGGGGCCCGCAACUCCCGAAGAACCCAAGCCACCGCAGCCGGACGAACACGAACACGAACACGAACAAAAUGACCACCAACUGCCACAACCACAACCACAGCACCAUCUCUUGUACGGCCUCUCGUGCGACCUGGCCAUCACCGAGCAAUCCUGCGACUGCCCCGUCUGCUGCGAGCAGCUGGCCCACGGCGAGACGGUCGUGCAGCUGCCGGGGUGCGGCCACGUCUUCCACGAGGCCUGUGCGCUGCACUGGCUCGAGUCCCACAACACCUGCCCGUAUUGCCGCCGGGAACUCCCCACGGACGACCCCGAGUACGAGCGCGAGCGCCGGCUGCGGCAGCARCAGCAGCAGCGAGGGACCGGGGACGCCGCGGCCGGCCACGGCGGGGCGUCCUUUUACGGGUGACCACGGCGCGGCGAAGCACGGGACGAUGCUUCCCCUGGACGCUCGCUCUUCGCCCAUUCCAGCAGCAACCACGGCACCCACCRCGGUUCGACCGUAGCAAUGGAUUCCAUUCGCRUCUCUGAAUUAUUUGUCACAAUCCUUUCGAGACGCAGCCAUCGAACGAGUUGUCGAACAAGAACCUCGAACGGUAUGCGAAUUACUACUACUACUACUACUACUACUACUACUACUACUACUACUACUACUAGGACAAUACCUGCUGCCCGAUGUAUGUGCACGAUAGUAGUAGUUGUAGCACUAGUAGUAUAGUACAACACAACGGGAGAGACACCUGCGUCAAAAACAAGCAACUGCUAUCUAGUGUUAUUACUACUAGUAGUAAAGACUGGAAUCCUUUGUGGCCCGUUCCAGCAGCCUGUGUGGCGUCUGGUGACAGGAAGAGAAACUCCUUGUUGCUUCAUACCGCUUUCACUACUACUACUACUACCCGCGUUGCCACUCCAAGCAGAUCCUUCACAWAGCCCGCCAAGAGCAGCAGGAGCAAACAAUCUUCUUCUUGUUCUUUGACUGCCAGCAGGUGCUCUGACACCACCAGCAGCCAGCACCUGGACAAAAAAGGAGAACAGCAAUUGACCAGCAGUAUUUCAGAACCAACAGAGUUGAUUCUAUUACUACUACUACUASUAGUAGUAGUACUAGCUAGUGAUUCUCAAAACCCCUCUAGCUCUCUUUUUCUCAUUUUUCUCUUCAUAGUAAUCUUCAUAGUAACGAGAAAUGAAAAAUACGAAGUAAU